AUGGCGGCUCCCUCAAUCGCCGCCACAUCUCCACUAGAAAUGAGCUAUUACCUAAUUGAAGAUAGAGAAACUAUCACAAUUCUGAUCAAGCAAGAUGCCAUACUAAAUUUCCUAAUGGAAAACAUGGCACGUGAGUCAUUAAUUGGAACAAAAUGUAUGGUCACUUUAGGUCUCUUGGAUCCAAUUCCAGGUUCUAUGAAUCCCCUCAUUCCCUAG